AUGGCUGUUUCCCUUUCGGCUCUCACAGUCUCCCUCUCUUCACUCUCUUUCUCUUCCCACAUUUCGCAGAGACCCAACACCCUCUCCUUCACCACAACCACUCUCCCCCUCUCGCGCUUCCCCAAAACUCCUUCCCUUGUCGUCUCCGCCACCGCGCUCGCGGAACCAGAAACCUCAGACCUCAAAAAGUUCGUGAAAUCGAGGCUUCCAGGUGGAUUCGCCGCGCAGACAAUCAUAGGCACCGGCCGCCGCAAGAGCGCCAUCGCUCGCGUCGUUCUCCAAGAAGGAACCGGCAAAUUCAUCAUCAAUUACCGCGACGCAAAGGAAUAUCUACAAGGAAAUCCAUUGUGGCUUCAAUACAUUAAGUUCCCUUUGAUAACUUUGGGAUAUGAAAGUAGUUAUGAUGUUUUUGUCAAAGCUGAGGGUGGUGGCCUGUCUGGUCAGGCUCAGGCAAUCUCUCUUGGCAUUGCCCGUGCAUUGCUGAAGGUAAGCGAAGAUCAUAGAGCACCUUUGAGACAGGAAGGACUUCUUACCAGAGAUUCCAGAGUGGUUGAGAGGAAGAAAGUUGGUUUGAAGAAAGCUCGUAAAGCCCCUCAAUAUUCCAAACGUUGA